UAAAAAGGUUAAGAUAGUAAAAAUAAACACCCAAAAAUAGAGAAAUGAUAAACCGAAGAAAAUUGCACCCAAAUAAAUUCCCAACAUCCCAAAAGGAGUAGAGUAUUGUACUAGAUAAUACUCCUUGAGCAGCAGAAACGACAAGAGUUGAAGCAAAGACAAGGGAGAAAUCCAUAGAUCUUAAUUGAAAGCGGCGACUAAAUUAGGGUUCAAUUGAAGCGGAACAAAAGGGGAUUAGAUUGAUUAGAUUAGGGUUGAUACUUUGAGGCUUAAGAGUUGCUGAAAAUGGCAUUGGCAGCGCCACCUGCUAUUUCUCAGCUACAUUUGGCAAUUCCCGGCGUCGGAGGUAAAGGUUUCUUUGGAUCAUGCCAUCUAAAGGGGAAGCUUAAGCUUUCUUCUACAUUUCCAAGCUGUCAAAUCCAUUCAGAUAGCUUUCUAGAGUUUCGAGGAAAUAUCAUGCGCUGCGAUACCUCUAUCAACUACAGGACAUCCUACAUCCAGAGUAUAGUUGCUUUUGGCCACCAUUUUGACCCUGCUAAGAGAGGUGAGACGCCUCGUAUUGGUAGGGAACUUCGCUUCCUUAAUAGAUCACUAAGACAUAUAGCGGCAAGAUCAGAUAUUGCUAGAAGUGGAACUCCUAAUGCUGCCUCCCCUUUUCCAGAAACGUCUUUUGGGCCCAAAGCUAGGGGACUCUGCUUCUGUGCUGUCAAUGCCGUAGUUGCCAUCUUUCUCUUUGUGCUCAUGGUUGUCUCACACCCUUUUGUUCUUUUGUUUGAUCGAUAUCGAAGAAGAGCACAUUAUCUUGUUGCUAAAUGGUGGGCUAGUUUAGCCAUCAUGCCUUUCUUUAAUGUCGAAGUUGAGGGAUUAGAGCAUCUGCCGACACCAGAAACACCUGCUGUUUAUGUUUCCAACCACCAGAGCUUUCUUGACAUCUAUACUUUGCUUACUCUUGGACGAAGCUUUAAGUUCAUCAGCAAAACUUCUAUUUUCUUGUACCCCAUAAUUGGAUGGGCUAUGUAUCUAAUGGGAGUUAUACCACUCAAGCGUAUGGAUAGUCGGAGCCAACUGGACUGUCUUAAGCGGUGUAUGGAUCUUAUCCGGAGAGGUGCAUCUGUGUUCUUCUUUCCAGAAGGAACACGAAGUAAAGAUGGGAAGUUAGGUGUUUUCAAGAAAGGCGCAUUCAGUGUUGCAGCAAAAACUCAAGUUCCAGUUGUGCCCAUGACUAUCAUUGGAACUGGCAGUAUCAUGCCUGCUGGCCAGGAGAGUUUGCUGAAUCCAGGGUCUGUUAAAGUUGUUAUACACCCAUGUCUGGUAGGAAAUGAUGCACAAGUAUUGUGCAAUCAAGCUCGGAGUGUUAUUGCAGACACACUUGAGCACCAAGGCUAAGAGCAUGAAGUCAUUUUGACACGAUUGGAUGUUUUGAUUCUGUAUGUCACUGGUUGGAUUGAUGACAGAUGCUAUGUAAGGGAGUAAUAAGUUUGUGCUAAAGCACUUUGGAAAAACUUAUUUGGGUGGAUGAUUUGAAGAAAGUAUUUUAGUGAUUUGUGAAAUUAGCAGACAUGGACUUCUACUGAAGCAGUUCAUAGUAUUGUUGAAUGUUUGAGGUUGUACUUGUGAAUGCCACCAAGUGGUGUUUUAGCCUUUUAGGGUUUUCUUGUUCGGGGUCUCAGAUAGCAUUGUGCUAGAUUAUUAACAUGUCUGUAUUUGCACUACCUGAUGUUCAUGUACACUUUUGGUGCUUAACAUAAGAAGGUCCGUGCGUGUUUCUGGUGAAAAGACGUCUUCAGAAAACAGCAUCUUCCUUCCCAGAAAUGGUUUGCUAAAUUACAGCCAUGGGGAGUAUAGGCCAAAGACAAACAAGCAGGAUAGUGAUUGAAGGUGUCUGCCUGUUAGGAUAGUUCAAUUCAGAACAGAAGCUAUUUUCUACAUGAGAUUUUCAUCAUGUUACUAGGAUUUUACUUGUAUUUUAGAUUUUGACUACGAUUAUACUCAGAAACGACUAAUUAGGAUACAAAUGUAUUAAUUGCAGCCUUGCAGAUUUUGUAGCUAAUGUUGAAGGUAUAUGUAUACUUGUGUAUAAAAAGUCUCCCUCUCAACAAGUGAGGGCUGAAUUCUCAGCUUGUGAUGAAAAUGCGGAUUUAACACUUAUGACAAGGAGGCGUAUGUACUCAAAAUUUGGCUUCUCA